GACUACUCCCACAACGCUUACUACUCCAACAACACCAACUACUCCCACUACGCCAUGCUCUGCUCCAAUUCAGUGUAUUCAACCACCACUUACUGCUAUGCUUAUCUACAACAAGGAAGAUCCAAAAAUAAAAACACAAGUGAAACCCGCAGGAGAAUGUGAUUGCCCGUCCUGUCCAGAUAGUAAAAUGGUCUUUUUCCAUCCUGUUGCUAAAAUUACGACUGGUAAAGAUGCUGGAUCUUCCCCCAUUAACAUGCAAUGUUCAAUUAUGGAAAGCUUUUGUGUUUGUGACGAUAAAGGUGUUUGUUGGAAGUUGACUAAUGCAUUGGCUCAAUUAGUGAUUAACUCACAUUGUGAUCCAACUAAUUUGAGUGUUUGUCAUAUGUAUGUGAGAAUGAACAAUAUUGAACCAAAAACUCAAACUUUGGAAAGCGAUAAUGGACAGAAAAUUACACUUGACGAUCAAUUGAUGAAAAUUCCAGGCACUAACCGAAAUAUGUACAAGCCAAUGAUUAGCUCUGCCACUUAUUAUAUCAAGGCAACAAGUAUUAAAUGUCUUGCGGAAGGAGAAACAUGUGCUCCAAUCAAGUGCGAGAGUAUAUGCACAUCAACACCUACAACACCCACUACGCCAACAACCACAACAACUCCCACAACUCCAACAACUGAAACCUCGACCAAAAAACCAGAUGAUUGUACUGAUGUCAUACCCAGUAUGUGUGUUUUACCCAAAAUGUGCAAAAUCGAAGACAAUGAUAACUUCUUUUUGAAGAGAUUGAAAAAAUCGUACAUAACAAAUUGCUGUGCUACGUGUCAUGCUAUAACUGCUUGA